UUGACGUCAUUGGAAGGUAACGCAGAACUUUACUUUACUGAUGGAUUCGUUAUGCGACAGAUUUCCUCUUCACAGAGCGGUUUUUGAGGGGAAUCUUCGGAAGGUUUCGAGUUGCUUACGCACCUAUGAUGUAGGAGAAAGAGAUGUACAUGGAAAUACACCCCUUCAUUUGGCAGUUCUCUUGGGUCACAGAGAAUGUGUGUAUUUACUGCUGGCCCACAAAGCCCCAGUGAAAGUGAAAAAUAACUUUGGAUGGACUCCUCUGGCUGAAGCCAUCAGUUAUGGGGAUCGGCAAAUAAUCACAUCAUUACUGAAGAAACUCAAAGAACAAUCAAGAGAAGCUCUAGAGGAAAGAAGACCUCAAUUGACAACUGCAUUACAAGAGCUUGGAGACUUCUAUGUGGAGAUUAAUUGGGAUUUUCAAAGCUGGGUACCACUAUUGUCCAGAAUAUUGCCAUCAGACACAUGUAAAGUGUACAAGAAAGGAUGCUCCAUAAGAAUGGAUAGUACACUAGUGGAUUUUAGUGACAUGAAGUGGCAGAGGGGUGACUUGACAUUUAUUUUCAAUGGAGAUGCAAGAGGAAAACAAUCCUUUGCUGUGUUAGACAAUGAGAAGAAGGUUUUUCAAAGACUCAGGACAGAGGACACUGAAGCAGAGAUAGAGGAAGAAGUUGAUCUACUAAUGAGCAGGUACACACUGUUAAACUUUGCUCUGAUUGACAAUCUAAGCAAGGGAGGAGGAAAUAUUAUGGACAGCCUUCCUGAGACUACAAGGAGAAGUUCCCUUAAUCCUCCACCUAAGACUGACAUGACAUGGGAUGAGUACCUGCUGUAUGACACAGAAAGACUGCCUCCAAUUGGUCGGCCCAUGGUGCUCAAAGAAGACAAGAAAACUGUCAAAGCGCAUGUAGCAAUGAGUGAAGAUUUUCCUCUCUCUGUUGAUCUUAUCCUGAAAGUUUUAGAGGUUGUUGCUCCAUUUAAGCACUUCAACAAGUUAAAAGAGUUUGUCGCUAUGAAACUACCUGCUGGAUUUCCUGUCAGAAUAGAAAUACCAGUUUUUCCAACGAUAACAGCACGUGUGACGUUCCGAGACUUUAAAUCCUGUAGUGAAAUUCCCUCUUCAAUGUUCUUUAUACCUCGAGAUUACAAGGAGGAUCCGAAUCGCUUCCCAGAUUUGUAAACAAAAUGAAGAUGUUCAAGACUUCCCUCUCUCUCCACCCCGCCCCUAGCUAGUAAUGUUCUGCUUGAAAAUUGUUAAAAUUUACCUCGCGCACCAAUGGUUGACCAGUGCGACUCUAUUUUCUCUUACUUGUGCACAAGCAAGUAAAGCGUUUCGGUUAUUCAAUCAUUUCUUUUGAAUAUUGAGAUCUUUCAACGAAUAUCUCGUAUGUUUGUUGUAGAAUGAAAUUUUUAUUCGUAAGAACAGUUUAUCAGUGGCAAAGUAUUGAACAAUGUCACACCAGUUCACCAAAAAAUGAAAUGGCUACAUAUUU